UUAUCAUGAGGUACCUUAGAAAGGAAAGAAAAAGGAACCCGAGUUUUCAAAGUUUUUCUUUUACAGAGUCCUUUUAAGGGCACCCUACAUUUCCUCCCCUGUAUCAUGCCGUACAUGAGACUCCCGUUUGGUUUCUGAGCUCAGGCAUUCAGACAGCAAAGGCCAUGUUGACAUUGUUUUGGUUACUCUCCCUACCGAUUUUCCAUGCCCUGGGGAAAGAGUUGCUUUGCUCACCUUGGCUUUCUUCCAGGAAAUACUACAUCACCUGCUACAGGUGAAGGCAACAAAAAUGCCUACACCCUUUCCGGUUCCUGCAAGUGCUAGGGAAGCAGUAAUGCAAUCUAAAGUAAUGGUGCUGAGAAGGAAGAUAUGGAGAGUUUUCCUUGACCUUCCCACUGUGUGUUUAGAAGUAGCUGUAUACACAGCUGAGAAACUCAAGGGGGGGAAUAAAUGAAUCUUUUGAAGGCCUGAAAUUAAAGCACACAAUGACAAACUGAUCUACCCUGAGUUCACAAUGCAGGGCAUUCUGACAGUCGAGAAAAAAAUCCCUGUUGUUGAGGAAUUAUUAUUUAUAUCCACCAAAGAGACUCAGGACUGUAGCAGUCUGAAAAGGCAACGGUGCCACAAGCUACCAUUGGAAGGAGCUGUCUGCAUCUCUCGGUGCUCUACUGAGCAUGUCCCAGAGGAGCCCUCUGCUAGCAGCACAUUAUGCAAAAAGGCAGCUCGAGCAGCUGGGAAAGAGGCAGAGCAAGCCUUUGCUUCACUUGCAUCACUGUCGCUUGAAAACAAACCUGGAUUACUCGAGAGGUCCUUGCUGCCAGGCCAGUUGAAGGAAGACAAGCGGCAUGGCUUGAUUCCUGACAUUGCACGAUUGCUAAACAACAUGGGGAACCAAGAUGGGAAGCUGAAAAGGAAUGCAGGUGAUGUGCACGAAGGAGGAGAGGAUGCUUCUGGGCCCAGGGAUGCAGAAAGCACAAAGAAGGGAGCGGGGAGCAAAAAGGGACUGGGUAGGCAUGGCAAAGGGGGUGAAUCUGGCAAAAAGAAGGGGAAGUCUGAGUCCAGGGCGUCUGUGUUUUCCAAUCUAAGGAUCAGAAAAAACCUGUCCAAGGCUAAAGAUGGAAACGGCAGCUCGAGAGAGGAUGUGUUAGAAAGCCAGGCCUUACAAACAGAGGAGCUAGACAGCGCUCAUUCAAUUCUCACCAAAACUCCUGAUAUAAGCAUUUCAGCAGAUGAAGGGGGUCUCUCGGACACAGAUGUGGAGCAUUUUGAAAAUACAAAUGAAACUCACCCCACUGCUGCUGAGCUGCAGGAUGGACAAAGGACCAGUUCUGGCUCGGAUACGGAUAUAUACAGUUUCCAUUCAGCCACAGAACAAGAGGAUUUGCUUUCUGAUAUCCAGCAGGCUAUUAGGCUGCAACUGCAGCAGCAGCAGCAGCAGGGGGCAAUUAACAUUGGAACUGAGCAGAAUGGCACCAAAACAAUGGACCUACACAUGGCUAAUUCUCAAGCAACCCCCUUAGAUUUUGAAAGGUUUCUUUCACUAAGCAGUGACAAAGACAGCAGUCCAGAUACUGAACAGCCUGUCUCGGCUAAAUCGGAAAUUCGAGAAUAUAUCCCUGCCUGUGAUACCAAAAGUGAAGUGAAAGAAACGACAAACGUAAUGGGGCAUUCCUGCAGCCGUGUAUUCAACAUGCAGGAACAGCACAGUCAGUUGUCAGAGGCGCAGGAUCAACCACCUCAUGAACAAAAAGAUUUACUCCCUUUAAAUACUGCAAUGACAGAAAAUGGGGCUCUGCUAGGCAAUUCUGUGUUUGAUUUUCCAUCCCCAGUUGGAGAAUCAGAGACUGAAGUAAUAGGUGUUGAAUCUGCAGGUUCAGAACAAGAGGACAAUUCUGCAGAUAAAGGCCAUGAUCAGGUUGACGGAGCCAAAGAAAGGAAACGGAGUAUGUCAGCCAGCAGAGAAGCACUGGAUGAUGGGUUUUCUGCUGAAAUGAAAAAUGGUACUUUUUCCUCCGAGGAUGUCUCAAGCAGUCCUGUGCAUAGUUCCAAAUGUUUUAAGCCCUAUCCUCUCAUCAACCCAUGCUACAUCAAAACCACCACUAGGCAGCUGAGUUCCCCAAUUCACUCACCUUCUCUAUCCCCAUCCCAGAGCCCACUCUUUAAAAGGAGACGCGAGUCCUUUCAGCGGAAAGAGAGUGCACCAACCAAGAAGCAGAGGUCGGCCAGUUUGGCUGGUUCCUUUAGCCGAUCAGCAGACUGGACAGAUGAGAUUUCAGUUCAUAGAGGUGAAAUAGCUCAAAAGUCAGGUUCUGCAGAUUUCUUGGAAUACAGGCGGAGUAGAGAUGGUUUUCAAGGAGAAAGAGUGCCUUUGAAUCACUUGAGAAAGUUAUCGGGGACAUCAGCUUCUACUGACACCUUCCCAAAUGUGUUUAGAGGUCGAACUCUGCUAGAAAAGCUGUCCGGCCAACAGGAGAAUGCACCACAAGAAGAAGCAGAGAAGCUCUGUUCUUGGAUCAUUGCAAUGGGUCUUCUGCUCCCCUUCCGUGAUUGCUUCAGAGAGACAUGUAGUCAGAACACUCAGCAAAGUGCACCAACUUUUGAUCAAGAUCAGCUUUAUACUUGGGCUGCUGUCAGUCAACCCACACAUUCAUCAGAUUACAUUGAAGGAAGAUUUCCAAGGAGAAUUCCAUCAGUAUGGCCACCUCCGAAGCCUCCAGAUGAAGAGCAGAGAGUGAAACACGUAGAAAAAGGGUGUGAAGCCGCCACUGUUGCAAGAGAGACAGAACAUACAGAGGAUGUUCGGCAGGUACAGGAAGAUCUUACAAUGAAAUCAGAGGAGCGGGCAAAUGAGAUUCAACGACUUGAGCAGACCAUACAAGAUCUGAAAACAAAAAUUGCAGAGUUAGAGAAACAGUUUCCAGCAGGUGAAGUGCUGAUUUCCAGUAGAAGUCAGUGGAAUGAGAGCAGACAACCACCUUCAGGACUGUCCAGUGCAGCUUUUCAAGAACAUGAAUCAGGUGCCCUUCCUAAAACUAUAAUUGCAAAAUCUGUGCAGACUUCACCAACAGAUGAUUGUUUAGCACAUACGAUGCCUUCAGCCAACACACUGCCACAAGCACCUCCCCACCUCAAAGGGGAUCCAAGUCAAGGGCCAACUCAGCCAUUGCCAACACUUGAAACACAAUCCACGUUUUGCUCUGAAAUAUCUUUAGUUCUGACUCCAAAACGGAUUUCAGUACAGUUGGAUGCUGCCCACGAGAAAUUAACUAUGUCGCAACCUUCAGGACCUGAUGCUAAUUUGUCAUCUUUAUUUCAAGAGGAAUUGGUAUCUUCAGCUUCCCACCCAGCUCCAAGUACUGAAAGUAUUACUUGCAGUGAACAUUCCCCUUCCUUAUCCUGUCACCUUACUUCUGGCUUCCCCCCUGCACUGUCUGACACAGGAAUGUCCACUUCCCUGCCGGGAGCAGGAAACUGGUUUUUAACUUCAUCCUCAUCUCAUUCAAGUGUACUGCCUCCAUCAUCCAUUCUUGCCUCAGGGUAUUCCCUGCCUUCACCUGGCAUAGUGCCACCUCCUGUCCCUAUGUUGCCUGGGGAAGGGAUACCUCCUCCACCACCUCUUCCUAGAAUGGACAUGCUACCAUCUGCUCCUCCUUUGUCUUUUGCAAGCAUCCCUCUUCCACCUCCCUUGUCUGGAGCUGGAAUCCCCACAGGCAUUCCACUUCCACCACCUUUUCCUGGAAGGGAAAUGCCACCUGCUCCCCCAUCUUUGCCAGACAUGGAAGUGCCACCACCUCCACCUUUGCCAGGAGCAGCUAUUUCCCCUCCCCAUCUCAUGCCAGGCAUGAUGGCACUUCUUCCGGGAACAGGAGUGCCAUCACCUCCACCUUUGCCAGGCAUGGUGGCACCUCCACCUCCCCCACCUUUGCCUGACAUGGUGGUACCUCCACCUCCACCACCUCUACCAGGAAUGGGAGUGCCACCAGCUCCACCUUUGCCGGGCAUGGUGGCGCCUCCACCUCCCCCACCUUUGCCAGGUAUGGUGGCACCUCCACCUCCACCACCUCUACCAGGAAUGGGAGUGCCACCAGCUCCACCUUUGCCAGGCAUGGUGCCACCUCCCCCUCCACCACCUCUACUAGGAAUGGGAGUGUCAUCGCUGGGCAUGGGGGCACCACCGCCUCCACCUCCUCCACCUUUGCCAGGCAUGGGUGUACCACCACCUCCCCCACCUUUGCCUGGUACAGGAGCUCCCCCUCCUCCCCCACCAUUGCCUGGUAUGGGCGUGCCACCUCCUCUACCUGUUAGCCUUCCACAACUUUCUGGGUUUUUCCCCCCUCCCUUGCCAACUGGUUUAUUUGUAAUGGGGAUGAACCAGGAAAAAGGUGGCAGGAAACAUACAAUAGAACCUUCUCGACCAAUGAAGCCUCUUUAUUGGACAAGAAUUCAACUUCAUAAUAAAAGAGAUUCUAGUGCUUCACUUGUGUGGGAAAAAAUUGAAGAGCCUUCCAUAGAUUAUCAUGAAUUUGAAGAACUGUUUUCUAAAACAGCUGUUAAAGAGAGGAAGAAGCCCAUUUCAGACACCAUCACAAAGACAAAGAACAAACAAGUAGUCAAGUUAUUAAGCAACAAAAGAUCACAAGCAGUUGGGAUAUUAAUGUCCAGUCUUCAUUUAGAUAUGAAAGAUAUUCAGCACGCUGUUGUGAACUUGGAUAACUCUGUGGUUGACUUAGAGACUCUUCAAGCCCUUUAUGAGAAUAGAGCUCAGUCAGAUGAACUGGAAAAGAUAGAAAAACAUGGCAAGUCAAGUAAAGAAAAGGAGAAUGCCAAGUCUUUGGACAAACCUGAACAGUUUCUUUAUGAGCUAUCCCUAAUUCCCAACUUCUCAGAACGAGUCUUUUGUAUCCUGUUCCAGUCAACGUUUUCAGAAAGCAUUUCCUCUCUCCAUAGCAAACUUGAAUUGUUGCAAAAACUGUGCGAGACACUGAAAAGUGGCUCAGGAGUUAUGCGGGUCUUAAGCUUGGUCCUUGCUUUUGGAAAUUACAUGAAUGGUGGGAACAGGACAAGAGGACAAGCAGAUGGCUUUGGGUUAGACAUACUUCCAAAACUGAAAGAUGUCAAGAGCAGUGACAACAGCAGAAGUCUUCUGUCAUAUAUUGUCUCAUAUUACUUGCGGAAUUUUGAUGAGGAUGCUGGAAAAGAGCAGUGCAUCUUCCCUCUUCCAGAGCCACAAGACCUUUUUCAGGCUACUCAGUUAAAAUUUGAAGAGUUUCAUAAGGAUCUCCGCAAACUUAAAAAAGAUUUGCGAGCAUGUGAGACAGAAGCGGGCAAAGUUUGCCAGUUUUCAUUAGAAGAGCACAUCCAGCCUUUUAAAGACAACAUGGAGAAAUUCAUUAGUCAAGCUAAAAUUGACCAUGAAAUGGAAGAGAAAUCACUGGCAGAGACGCACAAAAGCUUUUUGGAGACUGCAGCAUAUUUCUGCAUGAAACCGAAAAUGGGCGAGAAGGAGGUAUCCUUAAAUGCUUUCUUCAGCAUUUGGCAUGAAUUUAGUUCUGAUUUUAAAGAGUUCUGGAAGAAGGAAAAUAAGCUUAUUUUGCAAGAAAGGCUAAAGGAGGCUGAAGAAGUAUGUAGACAGAAAAAAGGGAAAUCACUUUACAAUAUAAAACAAAAGCACGAUUCUGGAAUUAAAGCAAAGAUAAGUAUGAAAAUAUGAAAGAAGAAAGGCACACAUCAUUGUCCACCGUUUCAAUAAACUCAAUAUGUCGAGGAGGGAGGGAGGAAACUACAUCACUUGGCCCAUUUGUUUGCUUGAUGUUUUUGCAUUUGUUUUCUGUUGUCACUGACUAGAAUCCACUGAGCAUUUAUUGAUAACAGAUUUGCUAUAUGGAGUGCCCAAUAAUAAACGUUAUGGAUCUGAGACAUGUCUCUUCCAUGCCCUCCAUACCAUCUUUUCCAUCCAAAUAUGAGUUUGUAUAUGGAGGAAUACUAAAAAAUAAUUAAAGCAGCCUGUGUAAGAGAUAGUGUCUCAGGCUGCCCUAAACUUACUGAAACGCUAAACAUUUAACAUCAUACAAACACUGCAUUUCCGUUCCUGCUGGCAACAUCUUUCCAAAGCAAAUGCACUGCAGUGCUACAUUUAGAACUGUUUGUGUCCGUUUCAUAUCAACAUUUGACAUUUGUAGUUUGAACUGAUAAACUGUUCCUUUUACACUAUAAUUCAUCCUCUCAGAAUCUCAGUCUAUUGUCCAUUGAUUAAAGGUUUCCAAAACAAGCUAUACUCAGUGCAGCUAUCUUUACAGUUGAUAAGUUGGGGCAUUUUCUCUUUAUUUUCUGCAAUAUAAUAAAGCGGGAGUGGGGAAUCUGUGGCCCUCCAGAAGCUGAUAAACGACUACUUCCAGAAGCCAUCUCAGCCAGUGGUCAGGAAUAAUUGUAGCCCAGCAAUAUCUGGAGGGUUAUAAUGUCCCCAUCCCUGUACCAAAGGAUGGAAACAAAGGAAAGAUACUUCAGAGUGUAGCACAGCAUAAAACUCGUUUGAAGGAUACUAAACAGAUGUUGGUAUGGUACAAACAUUUUUUUAAAGUGUUUACACAGUAACAAGAAGCAGUAGACUUUAUACCACUCUGUUGAAUCUUGCAAUUUAGAGGACUAAAGAAAGACUCGCCUUUUAUUAUCAUUAUAGAUGAUCAAGGAUGAUGUUAUGAACCUCAGUUUUCCGGUUACAAAGCAAAGGCUACUGAUUAAUUCAACUUUACAUUUUAUUGGGUACCCACACCCUACACUAUACGACCAGUUGCUAAUGUUUUAUGCCACCUCAGUCUCAGCAACUAAAGACAACCUAAUGAUUAGGUAGAUUUAGUUUGAACUUUCUCCUCCACACAUUGUAACAUACAUCAACUUUAAAAAGUUCUUUAAAAUAGCCAAAAUUAGGGAAAAAGUCAGGUGCAUAUAUCCCAAAUCUCGUUAGCAUGGAAGAUGCUGGUGUGCUUUUGAGUUCUAAACUGCUGAAAUGAUUUUUCCCUCCAUGUAGCCCAGUGCAUGAUACCUGGUUGCCCAUAGGUUAAAAUAUGUUUCCAGGCAUCAUAAGGGCUGCAUAAAUUAUGACCUCAGGAAUUGACUUUUUAAAAUGCCAAGCACUAAAAAUAUAUUUUUCAUUCAUUGGGAAAAAUGGCUUCCUGUUAUGUGAUCAGCCUGAAAUUCUGUUGUGUUUCAGGAUAGUUCCUGAUAGUUGCUUUAUAUGUUUUCCCAGAACUGUAUUAUAAAAUCUUGUAGUGUCAGGAAUAAAGUUAUUUCUUGGGAAAGAGAAGAGAAGAUUGUUGUUACAAGAGACCUAUGAAAAGCAAAUAAAGAAGUGAAAGAUAUUUUAAUAGCACUGAUGAAAACCCAUGUUUGUAUUUAUGUAAGCUAUAGCCUCUUGCUGUUUAACUUCUGCAUUUUCUUUCAUUUAAGUGCAUUUAAAGACAUGGUAGCAUGUUUCUGUUUUGUAGCCAUCCUCUUCCCUUCAGUAUCUACAGUAUGUUUAUCACCAUACUAAAUUAAACAAUACUACAUUUAACAAAGAUCGCUAUGUGCAAUACUGUAUUUAGUGUUUCUAUUCCAAUUUUUUUUAGAAUGUUUAUUUAUAUGAAAAAUAAAACAAAUAAUGAGAUCAAAGUUA